AUGCGGAAGUGCAAUUCAUACAAGCCCAUGAUCCACCCUGGGCACCGGGGAAGCAGCCGUCGCUCGCGAACUUGGCGCCAACGCCUGGGGGGAGACGAAGACCAGGAGGGGAGCUACCACUACAGGACGCAGGAGGACGCGACCCGUGUACCGGGGAAAGCCCAACAGAGCUGCCCGUACGUCGCCCACAACAAGGGAAGGAAUGCCAACGCCAUUGUCGAGGACAGGGGCGCCGGCGCCUACUGCGAGGACCAGCCCGACUACGCGAUCAAGCCCUUCGAGCGGGGAAGAAAGGGGAAGCCCUACGAGAAGAGCAUCAAGGACGGGGAGACCACGCUCGGCACCCCUAACGAGACCAACACCGACCCCAACGAUGCCGAGUUGGACGAGCGCUACCAAAACCGCCUGGAGAAGUACAACCACACGAACCAGCACACCCAGCGGGGCAACCAGGACGGCUAUGACGACCGAGCGGCGGGCUACCGCCAA